GGACGUGUUCAACUACCGGUUUUGUUUCAACAGAUAUGGCAGCAGCUGCAGUUAUGUCAAACCAGAAUGUGGUGGAGAGGGUGACCAGCCUUCCUCUGGUCAGCUCCACCUAUGACAUGGUGUCCAGCGUGUACACCAACACCAAGGACACCCACCCUUACAUCAGGACCGUGUGUGAGGCCGCCGAGCAAGGAGUCCGCACCUUCACCUCUGUGGCCCUCACCACUGCGUCACCCAUCAUUGACAAGCUGGAGCCUCAGAUUGCCAUUGCCAAUGACCUGGCCUGUAAAGGUUUGGACAAGAUUGAGAAAACGUUGCCGAUUCUCCACCAGCCAUCUGAGCAGAUUGUCUCCAGUGCCAAGGAUGUGGUAACCACGGCUAAAGAUGUCUACUUUGGCACAGUGUCUGGCGCCAAGGACACGGUGUCGGACACUCUGACCAGCGUUGUGGAAAAGACUCGGGGUGCAGUGCAGGAGGGGAUGGACAAGACCAGGGCUGUUGUGAGCGGGAGUGUCAGCACAGUGCUGGAGAGCAGAGUGGCUCGGCUCGUCAGCAGCGGAGUGGACACGGCCCUCAGCACCUCUGAGAGUCUGGUGGAGCAGUAUCUGCCUCUGACAGAGGACGAGCUGGAGCUGGAGGCAAAAACUGUGAAAGGCUUUGACAACAAGGAGCCCAGCUACUAUGUCCGCCUGGGUUCCCUCUCCACCAAACUCCGAAAGCGGGCGUACACCAGGGCUGUAGCCAAAAUCCAAGAUGGAAAGCAGCGAAGCGUGGAAUUCAUUUCUGAGCUGAACUCCACUGUUGACCUGAUUGAAUAUGGCAGAAAGAAUAUUGAUGGCGCUAACCGGAUGGUAAAUGACAAGCUGAACUCCCUGGUGGCGUGGAAGUCCAGCGGUCCAAACCAGGAGAAUGGUCACGAGGCAGAGGCCAUCGAGUCUCGCACCUUGACCCUGGCGCGUUCCCUCACCCAGCAGCUCCAGACCACUUGUCUGGUCCUCGUCUCCAGCCUGCAGGGCCUCCCUAACCACAUCCAGCAGGAGGCGCUGUCCCUCAGCCACUCCGCCACUCAGGUCUACACCAACUUCAGCAAGGCUAACACACUGAGAGAUCUCCCAGACAGCGUGCUGACCGGCAGCAGAGUCCAGCUGGGCAAGAUGAAAGAUUCCCUAGACAACGUCAUGGAUUAUCUGGUCAACAACACGCCGCUCAACUGGCUGGUCGGUCCUUUCUACCCCCGCAUGGAACCAGAGCCCACUUGCAAACGGGCCUCUGUCAGCAGAACCAGAGCCAGGUCCUCCAGCUCUCCCUCUGCGCACUCACAUCGAGAGGAGCCCAUGGAAGUCGAGAUGGAGUCACUACAUUCAAAGCAGCAGCAGUGAUACGUUACGGCUCUACGCUCUGAGUUUCAAUUCAUAUAUUCUAACAGAAUUCAAAAUCUAAUAUAGUUAUAUGUCAAACACAAUGCUAUUUUAUACUUUUUAAAAUUUGUAUUUCUUGCUGAAAUUAUUAUUUGCUAGCCAACCUGGAAUCCUGUGCUUUCUACAUAAAGUUUACUGGAAUUUA